ACACUCGGUUCAAAGUUGAAAGUCAAAUCAACAUUGCAGCUGACUGCAGCAUGGCGGUAAUUGUGGGGUGCCGAGUCCUCUUGCAAUCUUUUCGACAGCAAACGGGGACCAUCGACGGAGUGUGCAGGUUGAAAGACCAUGCAAAGUAUUUGCAAAAUCUCCUCAACAAUAAACUACAGUACAUUCGUCCGACAAGCAAUGGAGCGACUCGUCAUUUCAGCUCGGACGCUAAGGAUGACUUGAGCGUUAGGUAUUUGGAUGGAGAAGAUUCAGGGAUUGUUGUCUUCGGGAUCAACCGACCAAAGCAAAAAAAUGCUAUCAGCAAAAACCUCGUGAAUAUGAUGACUGAGGCUGUGGAGAGUGUUAAGAAGAACAACAAAGUGCGGACUGUCAUCAUCUGCAGUAUGGUGCCUGGGAUAUUCUGUGCAGGUGCUGACCUUAAAGAGCGGGCCAAAAUGCAACAGAGUGAAGUGGGACCCUUUGUAUCUAAAGCCAGGUCACUGAUCUCAGAAAUUGGUAAUCUGCCCAUGCCGACGAUUGCAGCCAUCGACGGAGCGGCCCUUGGUGGAGGUCUGGAGAUGGCUCUGUCCUGUGACAUCAGAAUUGCCUCUAACCACGCCAAGCUGGGUCUGACUGAAACCAAACUUGCCAUCAUUCCUGGUGCAGGUGGUACCCAACGUCUGCCCCGGGCCAUCGGGGUAGCCCUGGCUAAGGAGCUGAUAUUUUCAGCCCGGGCGAUCGACGGAACAGAAGCAAAGAGACUGGGCCUGGUCAGUCAUGCCGUGGAACAGAACAAGAGUGGAGACGCUGCCUACCUCAGAGCGCUGGAGCUGGCCCGCGAGUUCAACCCAAACGGUCCCAUUGCAAUAAGGAUGGCAAAGUUGGCUAUAAGCCAGGGCAUAGAGGUGGAUUUAAAUACGGGAUUAGCCAUUGAAGAAGCCUGCUAUGCCCAGGUGAUUCCGACAAAAGACAGACUAGAGGGACUGGCUGCGUUCAAGGAGAAGAGGCCCCCUCGCUUCAAGGGGGAAUGAACGUCAUCCAAAAUCAAGAGCAAUCACAAACGUCUGCCUUCAGUUCUCCUCCUGUCACUGUUUCUGUCAGACCCUCAUAAGAUGACAAUAUAGCCAGCGCCCGCCAUGCUACAACUUGGAGGGGCGUUUCCUAAAUAAGAGCUGAAAGGUCACGUGAAAGUACUGUAACUUGACAACGAUAAGGGAGAGAACACCUUUUCAACAGAUUUUUAAACCAGAACAGCUAAUCUGCAUGAUGACUUGAUUAUUUUUAUUAUUUUUGGCUGUUCCUUGUUGUUGCGUCCAACUGCUGUAUGUUACUUUGCCAAGUGUUAAUUCCUGAGAUAUUCAGAAUCCCAUGUAUAACAUCGGAAUAAUGGAGAUUUUGUUACUAUGAUAAGAUUAGUAUAUUAACUGUAUUAACUGUAGCCACACACACACACACACACACUCACACAAAAGGUUGUCCCUGAAAUUAGCCUGACAGCCGUCGGCGAAUCCGAUCCAUUUCAGAAUGACAUUAUCAGGCGGCCUGGGCACCCAGCAGCAAGUCACAUGAUGAAAGCCACGCACUUUGCAAGUUCACUGGUGUUUUCUAAUGGUUUAAUAUUAGAGGAACGGUCUGUUCUGGUCACAGAAGGAGUCUUUGUAGAGCCAUCACAAUAAAGUUCUGUCCUAAACCAAA